UCCAGGGAUAAAUAGGAGCAGCCUCAGCACAAGGCAGCAGUGCAUGUCCUGCUCCCCAGCCUUGCCCAGCUUGUCACCCCUGGCACCCACCAUGGCGCUGCGCCUCCUGCUGCUGCUGCUCCUGCUGGCUGCUAUCCUCGCCAUUACCGAGGCUCAAGGCAUUGGCAGCUCACCCUCUGACUGCUGCCUGAAGUACAGCCGGAAAGCCAUCCCCAGCAGCUGGGUGAAGUCCUACAGCCUCCAGGGACCUGAGUCGGGAUGUCUGCUGCGUGCUGUUGUGUUUACCACCAAGAGGAACAAGAAGAUCUGUGCCUCUCCCACUGACUCUGCUGUCCAGAAGCUGAUGGAGAACCUGGACAAGAAGGUCAAAAAUAAGAAGAAGAAGGGACAGCCCCCACGUCCCAGGGGCAAACCCAAGCAGCAGAAGCAGCAGCGGGUCUAAGUCAGGCCUGAAGAGGACGGACGCCUUCCCCACUGACGACCGACCCACUGCCUGGCAAUGGACAUCCACAGACCACCCGCACACCCACUGGCCCCAGGGCGAGGACAGGGCUGGCGGAGAGGCUGCCCUUGGCUCUGAGCCGCCUCAGCGCUGCUGUGCCUGCCGCAGAGAUUCACCCAGCCGGGACCCCUGCACCGGCUGGGUGCUCUCGGCAGUCAGGGGCACCUAGGUCCUCACUCGCCGCACAGCCGUGCCAGCGGGGACCUGGACCCACAUGGGAGCUGGGCUGUGGCCUCGAGCGGGAUGUGGGCAGCCUUCCCACCAGAGGGGAUUUCUGUAGCCUGGCAGGAUGGCAGCUUUUCCUAUGACUUUUUUUUGGGUUUUUUAUACAUUUGUAUUUAUAUUUAAAGACUAUGCUUUCAUUCAAUCUUCCUGGAAGGCUUUACUUCUGGCUCCUUGUGCUUCACAGAGUACCCUUUAUGCUUACAGGCUGGCUUUUCUGGAAGAUUGCUCUUAUUUUUCUACCAAAUAAACGACGGCUGUGUUUCAUUUCUCUCUCACCUGUUUCCUCCUUUUUGGCUUGCAGGGCUGUGGGGUGCCAGGCCGGUCCCACAUUCCCGUGGCCCUGCCCAGGCUGCUUGCUGGGCGCUUCCUUGCAGAGCAAUUAAUAGCAGCUGGGAUGGAGAGUUUGAGGACAGCAGAGGUGACAGUGUGGCUAUGUGUCUGGGCUGUUCUAGGCUUUCUCUUUGGCUUUUAUAACAUGCUUUUGCAGUGUAGUGUGGAAGAAGAUAGUCAGGAUUUAUCCUUUUCAUUUAUUUUUUUUUUUAGAUAUAAAAUUGCAAUGAAAUCAGAACAAAUUGUUAAUUUUAGUGGAAUUUUACCCUUUUAUCUCCCUUGGUUUUGCUGUGAUUUGCAGUGAUCCAGACAUUAUUAGGCCAAGUAUUCUGUUUUCUGGGAGGAAAAAAAAGAAAGGAAAAAAAAAAAAAGGAAAAAAAAAAGAAAGAA